AUGACAUAUACGUACGGCGGUCGCGUGUUGGCAGGUGAAGACAGCGAAGAGGACGAAGACGAUGAAACCGCAAUGAGUUUGCAGUUCCAUAGCAGCAGUGGCUUUGGCUCGCGCACGUCCCCAGCAGCGCCGCGUUUCGCAGUCCCAAUGGCAAUUGCUCGACCGCCAACCGGUGCAGACAGAGCAGUUGACGGAGAAGAAGAGGAAGAAGAGGAAGAGGAAGAGGAGGAAGAGGAAGAAGAACGUGACAGUGGGGGGCUGAAGCACGAGGUGAAGACACAGUUAAAGGACGAGAAGCAGCUGGAGGAGGUGAACGACGACGACGACGACGACGACGACGGCAACGAGCGGGUUACAGUUGAGGUCAGUGUGCGGCAGGAACCGGCGGAAGUCGCUCAUGUGCGGACAAAGGCGGAGGACUGCAAAGACAAACGGGGGGAGGACGAAGAGCUGUGGCAGCUGCACGAGUCGACGAACGGCGUUGACGUCAUGAGCAGCGCGUUCGUGGACCUCGUGCAGCCCUCGAUGGACAGUACGAUGCAUCGGAUCGCCGAGUUGCAGGAGAGUCAGCAGCGACUGCUCCAAAUGUUGACAGGUUUGAACACUGACGUCGAGCCGAACGAGCGCCUGUCAACUGCAGCUGCAGUGCUGGACAAGUUGCCGUUUUACACGCGGAAACUGCACAGCAUCACGACGGCCAUGCAGGAAAUCGCGACGUCGACAGCCAAAAUGAAGCGCCGAGCUGAGAGCCUGCGGAUCGACGCGCAGUCCCAUGCCAUCAGCAAAGAGAACAAGCGCGACGCGCAGUCGCAGUGGAACAAACUGUACGCUGCAAAGAGCGCUUCGGCGCCGCCUUCGCAGUCGUAA